AUGGCGUCGUUGAAGCGAGAGAUUGUGUUGCCCAGCAGGCUCAUGAAGAGUAUCGUCAGCUCUUUGAAGCUCGUGCAGACCAGUGACCCAGGGGAGAAGAUUGGUAGGAAGCAGAAACUGGCUGGAUCGUGCUGGGAUGAUAGGUAUUUGCAAUACUUUGGUCUUGAGAUGGAUAACUUCUUGCAGAUGGUAGUGGACUAUCUGUCCUUUGAAGACGAUGACGAUGACGAUGUCUUCGAAGGUCUCGUGGCGAGCGAGAGUUACUCCACCUUCUUCACCUACAUGUGCUCGGUGCGCCGGCGACGGGAAUGGGCCGAGCGAACCAUGUGCAGCUCCAGAGAUUCGAUCGACUGGUCAGAGCUCAUGAGACAGGCCAUCCGAAGAGACUUGGGGGAUGUCACAGUCGGGGAUGACUCUGACAUCGAAUGCUUGGAGUGA